AUGACUUCUCACGACGAAGAACUGUCUAGGAAUAUGGACAGGAUCACUCAACUACAGGAUGGAAUAGACAACCUCGUAACAAUCAUGUAUAGCACCCUAAGCUUCCUAUCAAGGAACGCAAACUUCAAACAACUCAACCCAGACAUCCCCAUCACCCAAGCCAUCCCACACCCAGAAGGAACCAUCCCACCACACGAAUCAUUCAACCAAAACUGCGAAGAACUAGUCCAAGACUUCCUCAGGAAAGCCAAACAGAUCCAAUACCUCAUCUCCAUCCUACCACCCCAUCACAACCAACAAAAACCAACUAAAACAACAACAACAACAGCAGCAACAACAGAAGAAGAACAGGAACAGGAAGAGGAUGAGGACGAUUCAGAAGAAUUUGAACGAUUACAGGCAGACUUACAACUAGCACAGCAGGAGUACGACCGAGCACUCUCAGAAGCAGAAUCACUUCAUGCCGAGAUCAAGAACGCAUUGCGACUCAUUCUCGAUCAUCGCGUCAAACUACUCUCAUCAUCCACUCCUACUACUACUACUGCCAGCAUCACCUGUAAAAAAGAUUGA